CACAUAAAAGAUCGUCAUAACAAUCAGCAAGCAAGAACUAUUUCCUCUUUCAUCCAUUUGCUGCAAUGUCUUCCAAGUUAACACUUCCAUUGAUCCUUCUUUCGGGUCUCAUUUUCCUUGCCCAACUCAGCUUCUCAACCGGCCAAACUGUGGUUAAAGGCGCUUACUGGUUUCCUGACAGUGGCUUCCCAGCCUCCAGCAUAAAUUCCAGCCUUUUCACUCAUCUAUUUUGCGCAUUUGCUGAUCUUAAUUCCGCCAAUUACCAAGUCACCGUUUCUUCCUCAAACUCAGCCCCCUUCUCAAGCUUCACACAAACAGUCCAAAAAAACAACCCUGCAGUGAAAACCCUCUUAUCCAUUGGCGGAGGAAAUGCUAAUCCAGCAACCUUUGCGGCAAUGGCCAGCCAAGCCAGCAGGCGCAAAUCAUUCAUUAACUCCUCCAUCACGUUAGCAAGAUCUUACAACUUCCACGGCCUGGACCUCGACUGGGAAUAUCCAUCCUCCACCACUGAGAUGACCAACUUGGGCAGCCUUCUCACCGAGUGGCGAGCUGCUGUGGCCAAUGAGUCCAAGGCCUCUGGCAAGACUGCUUUGCUUUUAGCCGCCGCUGUCUUUCGCUCUGCAGAUUACUACACCAUAACUUACCCCUUCCAGGCCAUAUCAAACAGUUUAGACUGGAUCAAUGUCAUGGCUUAUGACUUCUACGGCCCUGGUUGGUCCCCAAACAACACCGGACCACCUGCAGCAUUGUACAACAGUCAGGUUAGCGGGAAUGCUGGUAUCACAUCCUGGAUUCAAGCAGGUUUGGCUGCCAAAAAGAUAGUGCUAGGCCUUCCCUUUUAUAAGAAGCCAAAUAAUAUCAGGGUCGAUAGAUACAUCACGGAGACCUUGAAGGGCUUCAAAUAUAUUUUCACAUUGCACCAACAAUAAAAAUAUAGAUUUCUC